AUGUUAGAAUUAUUAGAAUUGAAUCAGCUCUUAGCCAUCAAGCGCGCGACCCUUCUCGGUGCUCUGACGGCCGGGCUAUGCUUAAGCCUCUACACGCAGCUCCGGCCCGUCCUCAGGGACAUCCAGCAUCUUCCCGAAGAGCAUACAGUUACCCUGUCAGAAGCUCGGGUUGACACCGAAGAAAGGAGGUCACUUGCCAAGCCGCCAUACCCUGCGGAUGUAUUUCCUGGAGGAAGACUAGUCAAGACUGUCUAUGGAACUAUCCAGGUGUUUGAAUGGGGCCCUGAGGAUGGGGAGAAAGUCUUGUUGGUGCAUGGCCUCAGCACUCCAUGCAUCUCGUUGAGCGAUAUGGCGAAGGAGUUUGUCAGAAGAGGCUAUAGAGUCAUGGUAUUUGAUCUUUUCGGCCGAGGCUACUCAGAUGCACCAAAUGACUUGGCUUUCGACGCACGCCUUUAUACCACCCAGAUCCUGCUUGUUCUCUCGUCUUCCCCAUUUUCUUGGACUGGAACCGCUGCCUUUCACAUCGUGGGAUUCUCUCUCGGCGGUUCAAUUGCCGUGUCAUUCGCCGCCUACCACACGAGCAUGCUACGUUCCAUGACCCUCGUCUGUCCUGGUGGGCUUAUCCGCACGUCGCACAUCAGCAACCGAAGCCGUUUCCUCUACUCUUCCGGCCUCAUACCCGAUUGGUUGCGCCUCAAGCUUAUCUACGGUAGUCUAGAACCGCGACAUGGAGCCCUAAGUGCAGAUGUUCCCGACGAAAAUCUGCACGCGGAUAUAGACUUCGAUGAGGUGCCCAUUUCAUCGGAUCAGCCCCGCGUAAGAAUCGGCGACGUCAUUCGAUGGCAGCUGAAGUGGAAUUCCGGGUUCGUUCCUUCGUACUUGAGCACCAUACGAAGUGCUCUAGUCUACAGACGCCAUGAUGGGCUCUGGAGGGUGCUGGAAGACGAACUAGCCCGUCGACGAACUGAGGACCCGCCACCGGGGCUGCCCGGUGGACGGAUCUGUCUUAUUCUUGCCGAGAGGGAUGUCAUUGUCGUAAAAGAUGAGUUGCUAGAAGACAGCAAAGGGCUUCUCUGUAGAGAGGCUGUUGAGAUGCAUGUCAUGAAGGGAGGCCAUGAGGUUGCUGUCUCGCGAGGCAAGGAUGUGGCAUCAAUCGCAAUAGGAUCUUGGAACAGGCAAAGGUAG